AUGCCUGAACUGCCCGCUGCAGCCCUGAGAGAAGAGGCAGCAGCAAGAGAGUGGGGAGAACAGGGGCUGUUGCUGGUGGUGCAGCUAAGGGUUCGUGGGCGCGAGCAGCUGCAGGACAGCAGGGAGCCUGAGUGGAAGGUGACACCCACUGCAGAUCACCCUCAAGAAGACAGCGGACCUCGCAUCCUCCUAAUGCUGUUGACUUUCGGCCCCUGCAUCAUCAUCAGGCUAGUUCAGUUUGUCAAGGAGCAGGACCUCGUGGAAAAUCCACCAUCUUGUCUUAGGCCCUUCCUACCUCCACACCCUCUGGAGCCAGAACCCAUUCUUGCCUUGCAGGAAGCGGAGAAGAGGAAGGAGAAAAAAGCCACCCUGCCGUCAGCUCCAGCUCCCCCCUACCCGGUUUUGCAGGGGGGAACUGGAGAAGAGUUAAUUUUUCCUCCCCCGUAUCAUUUCCACAGGAUGCCGAAGAGAUUUGAUCCUGCCCCGUCGCGGGAAGCUGACACAGUUCCGGGAAUGCCUGGGGGCGGAGUUCUGGGAAUGCCUGGGGGCGGAGUUCCGGGAAUGCCUGGGGGCGGAGUUCCGGGAGUGCCUGGGGGCGGAGUUCCGAAAGUGCCUGGGGGCGGAGUUCCCAGAGUGGCCGCGGUUCCGGUUCUGGUAGGAAGCCCGCCUCUCACCCGGCAAAGAGCUCAGCGGGAACUGUCUGUUGCAGCACCCGACUCCACUAUCAAGACCCUGCCCUUACGGGCCACUGGACCCCCGGAUGCGGAUGGCAACCAGCCCCAUUUUUACUGGCCUUUCGCAACUAGUGACUUGUAUAACUGGAAGGCACAGAACCCUAAGUUCUCCGAAAAGCCGGGGAGACUUAUUGACUUGCUAGAUUCUGUUCUUUUCACCCAUCAGCCCACAUGGGACGACUGUCAGCAGCUUUUACAGGUUCUGUUCACAACGGAAGAGAGAGAAAGGAUCCUCAAUGAGGCCCGGAAGAUGGUUCCUGGUGUAGACGGAAACCCAACCACAAACCAGGCCCAGAUAGAUGUCUCUUUUCCUUUAACUAGGCCUGAAUGGGAUUUCAACACGGCAGAAGGUAAGGAGAGGCUUUUGGUCUACCGCCAGACUCUAAUGGGGGGUCUCCGCAGGGCUGCUAGAAAGCCCACCAAUUUGACCAAGGUAGGGAACAUACAGCAGGAAAGAGAUGAGUCUCCAGCUGCCUUUCUAGAACGGAUCAUGGAGGCAUAUCGCAUCUACACCCCCAUGGAUCCAGAAGCCCCUGAGAAUAAGGCAGCUGUAAUAUUGAGUUUUAUAAACCAGUCAGCCAUGGACAUUAGAAAAAAACUGCAGAGAAUAGAUAGGUUAGGAGAAAAGAGUUUACAGGAUUUACUGGCAUUGGCAGAGAAGGUGUUCAAUAACCGAGAGUCCCCUGAGGAUAGGCAAUCCCGCGCCAUGGUGGCUGCCAGUGACAAGCAGACCUGAAACCUGGCCAAGAUUCUGCUAGCCACCACCAUGGAGUCCCCUGAGGAGCGGACCCGCAAACUUCGCCAGCUUGCUGAUGGCCAAGAAAGAGGUAAGGGAACCGCCCGGGGUGGGAGAAAGAAGCUGCAAUGGCACCAGUGUGCUUACUGCAAAGAGAUAGGGCACUGGGUCCGAGAAUGCCCAAAGAAGGCCGGUAAAAAGGAAAACAAGACGGACCGGGUGGAGGUCUUGGAGCUGGAAGGACUGAGUGAUUAGGGGAGUCGGGGUUCGGACCCCCUCCCCAAGCCCAGGGUAACUCUUAGAGUGGAGGGGACCCCUGUUGACUUUCUUGUUGACACUGGAGCACAACAUUCGGUUCUCCGCACACCUCAGGGGAAGCUAGCUAAUAAAAAGUCCUGGGUGCAAGGGGCAACUGGCAUGAGCCAGUAUUCAUGGACUACCCAAAGAACAGUAGAUCUAGGAAAGGGCCGGGUAUCCCAUUCUUUCAUGGUAAUACCAGAGUGCCCCUACACCCUAUUAGGACGGGACUUGCUAACCAAGAUUGGAGCCCAAAUAACCUUCAGACAAGGGGGGCCUCAGGUCACCGCUGGUGAAGGCCACCCCAUCCAGGUUCUGACUCUGAGACUGGAGGAUGAAUAUCGCCUCCACCAGGGGGCGCCCCCAGUAGAGAACAAUAUGGACAGGUGGCUGCAAGAAUUCCCCACAGCCUGGGCAGAGACGGGGGGAGUAGGACUGGCCACCCACAGGGCCCCCACCCUGGUAGAGCUAAAACCAGGAGAAGGCCCAAUAAGAGUCAAACAGUACCCUAUGUCCCAGGAGGCUCGGAAGGGAAUCCAGCCUCACAUCCGGAGACUGAAAAGCCUAGGGAUACUGGUUCCAUGCCAAUCUGCCUGGAACACCCCCCUCCUGCCAGUCAGAAAGCCCCACACGAAUGACUAUCGACCAGUCCAGGACCUCCGGGAAGUAAAAAGAGUCCUGGAUAUACACCCAACCGUUCCUAACCCAUACACUCUCCUAAGCUCUCUUGCACUCUCUAGAGUCUGGUAUACUGUAUUAGACUUGAAGGAUGCCUUUUUCAGCCUGCCGCUAGCGCCUCAAAGCUAACCCCUGUUUGCCUUCGAGUGGCACGACCCAGAGGAAGGCUACAGUGGACAAUUAACCUGGACGCGAUUGCCCCAAGGAUUCAAGAAUUCACCCACCAUCUUCGACGAGGCGCUGCAUGAAGACCUCGAUGAGUACAGGAGAGAGCACCCCAAUCUCACCCUCCUUCAGUACGUAGAUGACAUCCUGAUUGCUGCCGAUACCGCCAAAGAUUGUGAGCAAGGGACCAAAGAUCUGCUGGCCACCCUAGGGACCUUAGGGUACCGGGCCUCUGCGAAGAAGGCUCAGAUAUGCCAAAAGAGGAGUGCGGUUCCAUCCCAGUGUGGCCCUCAACCCUGCUACCCUGCUACCUGA